CCGUUUAAACAUAACAUCUAGCAGCUGAAGGCUGUGGCGGUUGUUGGGUCUCUUAAAGUGACACGCUGUUUUACCGCUUUAAAAAGUACCUUUAUAACAGUUUUUUUUAAGGUCACUAGAUAUUAUAAACAUCUCACAAUAAUUGAAAAACUAUCUGUGAGUGUAAAGGUGAAGUUUGUACCGUGGCUGAUAAGAGUACACAUCUUGCUAACUGGUUAGAGAUUAGCCGCAUACAUGGCAAGGCACGUGACGCCCAGACACAAGAUGGUGUCCUCAGGCCGGCUGACGGGAUCUGGCCGAGGACAAAUGACCAGGAAGAAGGUUGUUGGAAGACCUUCUCUCGACCCUUCAUACUCUCUGUGCUCCACAGAUUCAGAAGAUCAGGUCACAACCAUAAACAAAGGCCUGGAUCGAUGUGCGGCAUUGCUCGGUGAUAUACUUCAAGCUGAAAAAUCAGCAGACCCCAAGAUGAAGUCACGAAUCGUAAAGACCGCUCCUCCCAAAAAGAAAACCUCACUUGGCAAGAAUGAAGCAGACAGAAAGAGGGUUGGAAAAAAAGCAAGUGCAUCUAUGCACCUAAACAAAAGACCAGCUCCAGUGCAGAAGACCAUAUUGCACUCGGAGGCUUACGCAGGUUUAAGAAAACAACCACAUGUUCAUGGUGUGCAGCAGCCCCCUGCUGUCAAUGUUGUCAUCGGACCUGACUUAAAGGCGGGAGGGACACGAGUGGAGGGUGUUCAGUCACACAGCUUUCCUCUAGGCGGUCAUACAUCCACAGCAUCGCAGCCCUCCACUGUGUUUAACUGCCGUCUGACCACCUCCACCCCAGCGCUCAGUCCUCACAGACCCACAUCAGCUCACAGUCAAGUGUCUCUCAAAGGAGCAGACGGAGAGACGCAUCACUUCACUCAGCAGUUUGCUGCAGCCGCUGCGGCACCAUCGACUCAACACGGAGCUAUAAGCGCUACAGUUUCACCCACCCAAUACACGGCGUCUUUUUCUGUAGCUCCAGCCGUCCAGCUGCAGCCUGUAGUCUCCACGGUGGGGCAGUUUCAACCCUCCAGCACUGUUAUAAACGAAUGUUCAGGUGGACAGGGCAGCGCUCUACAGUCAAACACUGCACCUAAGGCCUGCCCUUCUCCUCCAGUGUCAUCACAGCUCCCCACCCACAUCCCGGGGUGUGACAGUUCACGGGAUCACCAGGUUUCGUCUGGAGAGUGUGCAUCAUCUUCAUCAGAGGAGAGUGGAGACUGCAUGAGUGAAGAGGAUGAGCUGGACAGAGUGGACACCAUGCCGGUUAGAGACACAAGCUGUCAGACCAGUAUAGACAAACAUACUGGGACGCUGAAACACAAGUCAGGGAGCCCUGAAAAGACAGCCAGGAAGGUGAUGACUGUCAAAUACUUGCUAGGAGAGCUGAAGGCAUUGGUAGCUAAUCAGGACAGCGAGGCGGUUCGUCUUAUCUCAGAGGUGGAGCAGAGCAUCUCCCUGCUCCCCACAAUGGUGGGCAGCACCAACAUUCAGGCCGAGCUUGCUCUCGCACUGCAGCCACUCCGAAGUGAGAAUGUGCAGCUCCGCAGGCGUCUGAGAAUACUGAAUCAGCAGUUACAGGAGCGGGAGAGAGCAGAAAGACUGGCCAGACCAGUGGAUUGCAAUCUAGAAUUGGUCUCACUGCAGUCGCUAAACCUCACACUUCAGAUGCAGUUAAAUGAGCACCAUAAACAGCUGGAGAACCUUCAGCAGGAGAACCAGAAACUCCGUCAGGCUGUAGAGGACAGCGAGAGAGACCUGCAACAGACCAAAGAGCAUUGCGAGUUAGAGACGAGUCGUAUACGCACGGAUGUGAGUGAGGCCUUAGAUGAAAUGCGUAACUGCCAGGCUAAGCUGGAAGACUGUGAGAGGGAGAAGACUGCACUGACACACUGCCUCCAGCAGAAGGAGGCAGAGAUCACAAAACUACAGGAGAUCAUCAGAAAUCUUCAGAAAAGCCCCAUCCCCUUCUACCUUGCUCAGACAGACGUUUCCAGCAGUUCAGCUCCUGCGGCUCAGCUCACUAAGAACGUUCUAGUUCAGUAUGAGACUCAGCACCAAGAACCUACUGUGGUCAGUCGAGUCACAGACUCCGUUAAGGCCUACCUUCAGACUCUGGAGGACUCGGGACACAACUCACCGGCUCAACCUGUACACCGUGAUCUGUCUCAUUCUUCACCUGGCCAGUGGAAACGUAGACAACAGAGCCCUCCUAAAAGCUCCGAUGUACACAUGUCACUAAAGAGUACGACAGUUGGGAGUGUGAGUCAGGAAGUAGAAGAGAGUGAUGACACAGGAUUUGUUCCUUUACGAGAGACGGCAAGCGUGCAGCCUGCAGCAGUUCCCCAGCAGUCUUCAAUUCAUGGCGGACUGAAGUACCUCGGUCUUGCUUUUGAUAAACUUGGCAUCUCUACUGGCCUCCCAUCUCUGGAUAAUGUUCACGGUGCAGAUUUCCUCCCACAUCCUGAUGGUGUGACCUUGCAGCUGAAACAGCCCAGUGAGGCUGCUGUUAAUCCUACAGAACAAUCUGAAUCCCAGCAUGCACAGCGACGUCUGCGUAUGGGUGAAACAUCAGUAUACACAGGACGGCCAUCAGCAUACGAGAACUCUUUUUCAUCCUGCGAUAUAAAAUCCUUAGCUUCAGACUGGAGCGUGAACUCCUGGUCUACAUUCAACACGCGUGACGAACAAGCGUUCCGCAACGGCUUAGCAGCUUUAGACGCCAGUAUAGCCAGCCUGCAGAGGACUCUGAAAGCUGACCUUAAGAGAUGAUGUUCUGUCUUAAAGCUUGUACCCGAUGUAGUUUAACACCUGUGUUUUAAUCAUGUUAAUAAAUGAUUUGAUGAUAUUAAAGUUAAUAUUAAAUAUUCUA